AUGGUUAUUAAUCCUACUUAUCUUGCGCAGCGGACGCGCCAGUCCGUCAACUGGACUGAUGCGAAAUCAAGAGUAUUGAAGAGUUACAGAGAAUGGAUCCGUGCUGCUCCGGAAAUCCAAACGAUGUACUCGCUCGGCAUUCCAGUUUCACAGUUGAGGACGAAGAUGCGGUCGGAGUUCGAAAGGCACAGAUAUGUGAAUCAAAUUCAGACGGUGGAUAAGUUGUUGUAUGAGAGCCAUGCGGAAUUUCAGGAGACAUUGAAUUACUGGAAACAACUUCCUCACAUCUUGAAGUAUUUCCGACAAGAAGAAGACCCAACUUCGAGACUACCACAAAAUUUCAUGGCCGGUUUCCUGGAGGGACGCAAUUAG